CAUUAUUAAAAAAAAAUCUGAAAUUUUAAUAGCAGGAGCAGUUCCGUAUUCCUCUUUCAAACCUCCACCGAACCAUUAUCUCCUCCGUCCACGCUCUUCUUCCCAACACUAUUAUUCAUUUCAGAGAGAGAGAGAGAGAGAAUUCAUCAACAUGAUUGCUCGUACUCUAUUCACUGCUUUUAAGACAUCUAUUCUUCCAUCCUCUUCCUCCCAAUUGCUCCCCCUCUUCUCCUCCUCACCUUGUCGAUCUGUUACCACCUUGGUUUUGGCGGAACACGAUUCCGGUUCCAUCAAUGCUGCUUCCCUUAGCGCUAUAGCGGCUGCCGCUUCCUUGAGCAAACACACUUCCAUUUCCCUCCUCUUGGCGGGCUCUGGGCCUUCGCUUCAUCAAGCUGCUCAACAUGCUGCCUCUUGCCACCCAUCUAUUUCUCAGGUGCUUGUUGCUGAUUCUGAUAAAUUUACAUACCCCUUGGCAGAACCUUGGGCUCAGUUAGUCCAAUUGGUUCAACAGAAGAAUGGGUAUUCUCAUGUAAUUGCGGCUUCAGGUUCUUUUGGGAAAAACAUUCUUCCACGCGCUGCCGCUCUUUUAGAUGUUUCUCCGGUUACUGAUGUUGUAGCUAUAUCUGAAUCUCGACAAUUUGUGAGGCCCAUAUAUGCUGGCAAUGCGCUUUGUACAGUUAGAUACACAGGAGCUGACCCUUGUAUGUUGACCAUAAGAUCUACAUCAUUCCCAGUGCCUGCAAAAUCCAUUGAGUUGGCAUCAAAUAAGUCCGCUAUAUCUGAGGUUGAUCUCUCAAUGCUUGAUGUAGAUUCUAUUGGAAAAUCUCGAUAUGUAAAGCAAACAUCUCCAGAAGCAGAACGUCCUGAUCUUGCGAAUGCACGUGUUGUCGUCACUGGAGGACGUGGUUUGAAAACUGCUGAGAACUUCAAAAUGAUUGAGAAGCUUGCCGAGAAACUUGGUGCUGCAGUUGGUGCCACACGUGCUGCUGUUGAUGCUGGAUUUGUUCCCAAUGACCUUCAGGUUGGACAAACUGGUAAAAUUGUAGCACCAGAUCUAUAUAUGGCUUUUGGUGUAUCAGGAGCUAUUCAACAUUUGGCAGGAAUCAGAGAUUCUAAGGUUAUUGUGGCUGUGAAUAAAGAUGCAGAUGCACCAAUUUUUAAGGUUGCUGACUAUGGAGUCGUUGGGGAUCUGUUUGAGGUUAUACCCGAGUUGCUUGAAAAGCUUCCUGGAAUUAAGUAACUUUAUCACUAACUGUAUUGUGUGGGAAUGAGUUCAAAGGGCAUUCCAUUAUCUGAAUUUUUGGGUCAUUUAUAUUAUAUAUAAACAAAAAGGGAUGUCACUUUGAGAAAAUCAAACCCCUCACCCCAAAAUCUUAAAUUAAGGAUGUAAAUAUUCAAAGGAAAUAAAAAUAUACAUCUUUCCAAGUA